AUGCCGAAGAUCCAGCGUCUUAUCGUCAUUGCGAACGAAGAAACCGGGCCGUUUACUAACGCAGGAUACAUCAAGUAUUUGUACCAAAUGGUUCAACCGAUCCGAGCAAAGUACCCAAACAAACUCAAACUGUACACCACCAGACCCGAUCAGAAAAUUUACAUUCACAGCAAAAUUAUGAUCAUCGACGACGUGUUCUUGACGAUCGGAUCAGCCAAUUGGAAUCGACGGAGCAUGACGUCGGAUUCGACUGUAAAGUCUCCCGAUGGAAUCCUCGUUGGGAAAGUUCCUCGUGACUUUCGGAUUCGGAAAUUCGUCGAGAUGACGGGGCUCAGCUAUGAAGAACUGGACGCCAUGACCUUCCUCGAAGCAGCAGACAAGUUGCCCUAUGCAGUCGACGAUGACUCGUGGUUUAUGGACAAUUUAGAAAUCGAGUCUCACGCCUACUUCUUCGCCAUUACGGACGCUAUCCGGAAAGUUUCGGAUCCGCAGGAUACGUGCACAUACAGUGGUAGCAGAAGUACUAAGGAGACGAAAUAA